AUGCCCAAUGCCCCCUUAGAUGUCUUGUUCCAGAAGCACUUUGCAGAAUGCAGCUCAGCCAUCUCCCAAGAACAGCAGGAAAGGGCUGACCUACAACAAUGUAUACAGCGCGAAGCUCGUGAGAACUACAAACUGAGUCACAAACUCCAAAGAGUGCCGCGCACGCAUUCGAUUGCAAACACACUCUCCCGUCGUGGCAGCAUGGGUGAGGAAUUUUACGACUUCGAAGAAAUGAUUUCUAGUGAGGACGACUUGGAUCGGGAGGACUUGGAUCGGGAGGAGCAUUUUGGUGAUGAAGAUGUUCGCACAUCGACGGCUUCUGCCCAAGAUUCUAUUGACGGCCGUGCACGGACGAUGUCGGAAGUGGGAAGUCAGGGCGAAGCGAGCAAGUGUGGAGGGACACGGCCGUCGAGCGCCGUUGGGUCCUCUGCGGGCAGUUGCCCGAGAAAUAGCCGGAAUACUGUCCUAAACGACAGCCCGUCCGGGAAUGAGGGCCCGCCGUUGGGCAACGCUGACGAAAGUAAAGAGCUUCCGGAAGAGCAGGAUUAUUUGCAUAACCCCCCGUCAGGUGAAGUGCAGAAGCUGGGUCUUGAACGCCCCACCUGUCUGUUCCGAACGCAGUUACCGAAGCCGCGUACGGAGAUGAAGACUUCGGUGUGGUCGUUGUUGAAGGAUUUCGUGGGGCGUGAUUUAAGUCGGAUUGCGUUGCCUGUGACGUUCAAUGAGCCGACUUCAUUUUUACAGCGACUGGCAGAGGACUACGAGUAUUGUGGGCUAUUGGAGUUGGCCGGGACAAAAACGGAUAGUCUAGACCGACUAUUACUGACGACUGCUUUCACUAUAACACCCUGGCAGUCAGCGGUAGGUCGCACAUAUAAGCCAUUUAACCCGCUGCUAGGAGAAACUUAUGAACUAACUCAUCGUGGCUUCCGAUUCCAUGCCGAACAAGUAGGCCAUCAUCCGCCUGUUACCGCCUAUCAUGCACAAGGCAAGCUCUUCGAAAGCUAUGGUCACAUGGUUAUCGAUACCAAGUUCACGGGGAAGUCACUCGAAGUCCAGUUGGUCGGGCCCACCACCAUUCGCAUCCGCAAACCGACCGACCAGAGUUCGGGAUGUCCCUCGCGACCGGCAUCUCACAACCAACAAAACGAAGGUGCAAACCACCGUCGUGAAGGAAGCCACGGUCGUGAAGGAGACCGCUCUGGUGAGCGUUCACUCGAGCGUUCCAGUCAAGACUCAGAUAGGAGGUCGAGUGAGAGGUCGAGUGAGAGGUCGAGUGAGAGGUCGAGUGAGAGGUCGAGUGAGAGGUCGAGUGAGAGGUCGAGCGAGAGGUCGAGCGAGAGGUCGAGCGAGAGGUCGAGUGAGAGGUCGAGUGAGAGGUCGAGUGAGCGUUCACCUGCGGGCGACACAGCUUGCGGUUGUUGGGAGACGUAUUCGUACCGACGGCCACGGAUGGUAGUGAACAACAUAAUUUUUGGCAGGAUUUCGAUUGAUGUGUCUGGCACGUAUACGUUAACGAAUCAUACGACAGGUGAGUUUUCGAUUCUUGACUACCCACGAAAUGGUUGGUGGGAUGACUCAGUACACGUUGUUCGGGCAGCGGUAUUCACACGCGAGGGUGAAUGCCGAUAUCUUAUUGGCGGGAGUUGGUCGAGUCAAAUUUUCUACCAACGAGUCCUAAAUUACCGUGCCGCUACCGGAGAAAUGUUCGAAGAGGGACUCGAAGAUGAAGAGAUCAAGUAUCCACCCCGCCCGAUCGACUUUGUAAUCAAUUGGAAGGAAUUAGAAGCAUGCACUACUGGGCCAAAAUGCAAGCUCUGGACACCUGACACACGUCCGGAUUUCUCUGCCUCCUUCUACAGUUUUGGCCGAAUGACUUUCGAACUUAACGACCUCAAUCCCGACUACUACGACCUCUCUGCCGUCGAACCACAACUCCUCGAACGACUCCGACUCCCACCACCAGCCUCCACGCAGUCUAUAACAGAGCAAGCGACCACGACUGGAGCCGGGCAUGUUGCGGAGAUCGGGCAUAUUGCGGACCACGCUAUUCCUGGCCAUCCCGCUGACGACGACCCCAGUGGGCAUGAGGUUGACCACCCCGCUGAACCAAGUCCCGCCCUGAUCCGGUUGCCGCGCACUGACUCGCGGUUCCGGCCAGACCAACGUGCUCUCGAACAGGGCGACGUGGACCGCAGUAACGCGGAGAAGAAACGGCUGGAAGAGAAACAGCGUGCCGCUGCGCGGGUCCGUGGUGGCACAGAAGAGUGCUAUCGGCCGCGUUGGUACGGUCUCGCCCUCGAUCGUAUCACAGGCGAAUCGACCUACGCCUUCGAUCACUCGUACUGGGACCCCACCCAGAAGCAGAUAGAUCUUCCUGACAUUUUAUAA